GAGAAUACUACGGAUAGAGGGGGUUUGCUGUUUCAGAGCUUAGAUAAUGGAGGGAGAGGUUGAAGGGGCAUCAUUGGCAAUAAGCGACAAGAUCCCACGCUCAAAGGCGCAGCACAUAAAGAAGAGAGCACUCAGAAAUAAAACUCUUUCUAUUACCUUCGAUGACAAGGAUCUUAGGGACUAUGUCGGUGGGUUUCAUAAGAGGAAGAAGAAGAGGAGAAAGGAAGCGCAGAGAAACCUACAGGAGAAGGAAAGACUCAAGCGUAUUGGGGCCCGUAAACAGAGGAAACUUGAGAAAGAGCGUGUUCUAAAUGGUGGAGUUCAACCAUCCAGUGAUAUAGGACCUGAUGAAAGUGGUGAUGGCAAUGAACAGGAAGAAGAAACUGAGCUGACUGCAUCAGUUUCUGGGACAAAAUCGUAUAGCAGUGGAGACAUGAAAAUAACAGUAACAACCAGUGAGAUAUCUCAUGAAUUCAAUGAGAGUUUGAGGGAAAAGACACAAGUAAUCCCUAGAACAAGUACAGAAGGUGAAAAGAAGCACAACAUUCCCGUGCAAAAGAAGACAUUCAAGAAAUUCUCAAAACAUAAAACACCGAGAAAGCCACAAAAGAAGAGAAGAAAUGACAAGGAGGGAAAGAAGAAGAAGAAGCACUAGAAAUUAUUUUUCCUUUCAAGUUAUCCAGCAUGGAUGCUGCUCAAUUUAUUGGAAGAUUUGAUGAUUGGAGC